AUGUCUACGAGACAAGCCCAGUCCAAAUCACAUGCCAAACCGUUAAUACUUAUAUUGGCAUUGACGAUAGUAUGCGUUACGAUACUAGUUGAACUGAAGGCAUUGGUAGCCGUGGACGUUGGCAUUAGGCAUGACCAUACAUCACAUGUCUCUCCGCCGUUCGUCGUUGUCACUGGUGCCAGUGGCAACCAUUUCUGCCCAUUGCAAGCAUGGGUAAUCAGCCUCCAUACCCAAGUAGCUACUCUUCCGGUCCACCGUAGACCCCGAAUAAUAGUUUAUGAUCUGGGACUAUACGAUGAGCAAAUCAAGACACUGAAUACAAUGCGAUUAAGCGGAAUGUUUCAAGAACUUCGUAAACUUGAAUGGUCCGAUUAUCCACCCUUCUGGAACAUAACAAUUAAUGCAGGGGAAUACGGAUGGAAGACUGGCAUAAUAGGCGAGGUAGUCAGAGACUAUCCGGGCAUAGUCGUGUGGUUGGAUUCGGGUACAUUGAUACAACCAGAUUUCUUUUCUCACGUUGAUCUUGUAUCAUCGGAGUAUUCCGGAUUUCUAUCUCCCAAAUCGUCAUCUACUCUCCCUCGUUGGACGCAUCCUGGUGUGUUUGAUUAUUUCAACGACGAUCCGAAAAAGUACAAGCGAGUUCAUAAUUGUAAUGCUGCAGCAAUAGUGUUUGAUUAUAACGUUCGGAAACAUCUGGUAGAUGAAUGGGUUAAUUGCGGAAGGGUGAAGAAUUGUAUUGCACCCAAGGGAAGCAGCAGAGAAAAUCAUCGACAGGAUCAGGCGUUGCUGACUUAUUUGGCAGCAAAAGACGGUGUAUACUGUACAGAAAGUCAGACCGCGUUCGGGAUUAAAGUACAGCGUGACGCCAAAUGUCAUAGGAUUAUAUAUACAUGGAAUAAUAAUAAGGCUGAGCACAACAAGACAGAUGAACCAAGCAGUACCCGGUAA